GUCUUGUAUUUCGCAAUCUCAAAUUAUUGGGAAUUAGGGUUUCAGGCUUGGCGACUGAGUCGAAGAUGAUCGAGGUCGUGUUAAACGAUCGAUUGGGUAAGAAGGUGAGGGUGAAAUGCAACGACGAUGACACAAUAGGCGACCUGAAGAAGCUGGUGGCGGCGCAGACGGGCACCAGAGCUGACAAAAUUCGCAUUCAGAAGUGGUACACCAUUUACAAGGAUCAUAUCACCCUGAAAGAUUACGAGAUUCACGAUGGCAUGGGCCUCGAACUCUACUACAAUUGAGGGCUUUUAUGUGGCUAAGCGCUGGGAGUAGCAUCGAUGUUUCGGAUGUAACUGUAAUUUAUGUAUUCUGGUAUACGCAAGACUCGUUGGUUUGGAAUAAUGUAUCUAUGUAUGCUACUCGCUUCUGGUUUUUACAUGUCUGCAGUCUGAUCUAAUGGUGAUUGGCCAAAUCUCUGAUAAUUGCCAAUUGCUUAUGUCUCUUUUGCCCUCUUUCAA